ACACGCUAGAGAAAACCUUUUGCCAAAAUUAUUUUCUUUCACUUUCCUUCCAUCUUUUUUAUUUUCCGUCGUUUCCAAAUCAACCAGACCAAAACAAGCACAAAAGCGCGGGAUCGACAUUUUCACAGUUCACUCCCAUUCAGCAGCUGCGAGGGUUCCGACUUCUGUGUUCCAAGCCGUGUAUCGUUCCCACUGGAGAUCGUUAGAGUCGGUGAAGCUCCUCAAUGGCGAGCACUGCAGCCGCCAUCGACCAGGCGGCCAACCCUAAGUCUGUCGACGAGUGUCUCUGGUGGGACUCCUUUUCGCUUCUACUGACUGACCUCGAAAAUAUCCCUCUAUCCGCAGAGGUUCCAGCCUCUCUGGUAAAGAAGUUAAAGAACAACCACGCUUGGUUUCUGGGUUCAGUUUCCCUCUUUAAGCCCCCAAACCAGACGUCAAGAACUGCUCUUGAUUCUGCUCAAAUCAAUGUUGGUUCACAUCGACUUAUCGUGCAACCUGAAUUGAAAGAUGUAGCAUUACAGGCCAGUUCUUGUUUGGGCUUAGAUGAAGUGCAGUCAUACAUUCUUGUCAAGAGGGUUGUCCAUCGUGAUAGCAUAGCUGCAGAUUUUAAAACACCGGAAUUUCUAUAUUUGAUAUUACUACAGUACUACAUUGAGAGACAGUGCUUGCUCAAGUGUAUUAGGCAGAUUCUUGUGCAUGCUUUAUAUGUUGGAAGUGGAUCCAAGGAAGGUGAUGCUGUACGGGAGGAGGCAUUGAAGCUGUUUUCUGAUGGUCUGGAAAGAAAAUUAUUAUCUGUUCUUCAGGACCUUCUAUCGUCCAAGUAUCCGGAACAUAUGGAAGUUGACCUUGCCACUUUGUGGGCAGAGGAGACUCUAAUUGAAGAUAAUUUGGUCUUGGACAUUCUUUUCCUGGCAUAUUAUGAGUCCUUUUGCACUUGUAAUGGUGAACAGUGGAGAAGCUUGUGCUCGCUGUACAAGGGUAUCUUAUCUGGUUCUUUUAACUUUGGAAAGUUGGCAAUAUCAGUUCAAGCAAGAAAUUCUUUAUAUCAUGCCAAAGUUCAGCUGCUGCUUAUUCUUAUCGAGACUCUAGACCUGGAAAAUCUUCUUCAAAUGGUUCAUGAUGAAGUGCCUUUCAGGCAGGGCUGCCCCUUAUUUUCGAUGGUGGAUGUCCAAGAGAUGGAUGCGUUGGUUUCGAGUUUUAAUUGUUUUGAGACAGUAGAAGCAGGCCCCCUGAUUCUUGCAUGGGCGGUAUUCCUAUGUUUAAUAUUGUCUCUUCCAGAUAAACAAGAUGGUAACAUGCUCACGGAUAUUGACCAUGUUGGUUAUGUUCGCCAAGCAUUCGAGGCUGCACCAUUGAAUUAUUUUCUCGAGAUUCUUCAAAGCGACAAUUUAAUGGAUUCAGAUGGUCCUGUUACUGGUUAUCGUAGUGUCCUGAGGACAUUCAUUUCUGCAUUUGUUGCAUCUUAUGAGAUUGCCUUACAGCUGGAGGAUGAUACCCUCAAAUUGCUAUUGGAUAUCCUAUGCAAAAUUUAUUGCGGAGAGGAGUCACUUUGUGUUCAAUUCUGGGAUAGAGACAGCUUUGUUGAUGGUCCCAUUCGGUGCCUUCUUUGCACCUUGGAGGGUGAAUUUCCAUACCGAACUGUGGAACUCGUUCGCUUCUUGUCUGCUCUAUGUGAAGGAAGUUGGCCUGCUGAAUGUGUCUAUAGUUUUCUUGCUAAGUCCAUUGGGAUAUCAUCCUUGUUUGAGAUACCUGGUGAUACAUCGAUUGAGAACUUAUCUCAGAUCAUUGAGACAAACCAGCCGUUGCAUGUUCCUGGGGUUGAUGGCAUACUCAUUCCCAGCCAUACCCAUGGCCAUGUCUUGAAAGUUAUUGAUGGAAGUACUGCUGUAGUUCGAUGGGAGUAUACACAAUCUGGAAUGCUUGUACUGCUCCUCCGUUUGGGCCAGGCUUUCUUUUCUAAUAGUUAUGAGGAAGUGCUUGUUACUCUUGACCUUCUUCGUCGAUUGGUAUCAUUUAACACGGCAGUGUGUUUUGAUUUGAUGGACUUGAAAACUUAUCCCCAGUUCGAGCAGCUUGCAUGGAUGGGCACAUGCAGGAAAGCAUGCGGUAUUGCAAAAUUCACUUACUUUUUGGUUGAUGUGGUUGGGAUCAUUUGCACUUUGGUCAGAAAUUUGUCUCCUAAUGUUAUCAGUGCUAGAGUGAUGUCUAUGAGCUUCAGUAUCAUGGCCAAAAUGUUCAAGUGCUUACCAUCUCGUGUUGGUGCAGUGGUUUUGAAGGCAAAUAUUUUUGAUAUGUCUGUAAAGGCAAAUAACUUUGAUGUGGAUAGCUAUCGGUCAUCAAGUGGCAUGUGGUUGCUCUCUGGAGGACUUGCAAGAAUGCUUUUAAUUGAUUGUGAGCAGAAUGAAGAUUCCUGCCCAUUGGCUAUUUCAGUGCUUGACUUCACCAUGCAGCUUGUGGAAACAGGAGCAGAGAGUGAUAUUGUAUUGGGUCUAGUUGCUUUCUCACUUCAAUAUGUUUUGGUUAAUCAUGAGCAUUGGAAAUAUAAGAAGAAGCAUAUCCGUUGGAAAGUGACACUGAAGGUGCUUGGAGUAAUGAAGAAGUGCCUUGUAGCAAUACCAUGCUUAAAGAAACUUGGUACAGUAAUCGGAGACAUUCUGCUCUGUGAUUCCUCCAUUCACAGUGCACUUUGCCGGAUUUUUUGUGUAACUGCCCAGACGUUAGAGAGAUUAUAUACCAACCGUCUUUAUGAGCUUAAGGUGAUUGAAGGGCUACAGCUUGCAGUCUCUUCUGCAUUAGACGUUGUCUUUACCAUGCUUGUUGAUCUUUCAAAGGAUACAAUGUCUGGUUUGCCUGUCUUUCACCAAGCUCUGUUGUCGUCAACAACAAAACCCGUUACUGUGGUUACAGCGCUUGUAUCCUUGAUAUCUUUUUUCCGCAAUUCUGCAAUUCAGGUGGGUGCUGCCAGAGUUCUUUCUAUGUUAUGUCUCAUGGCAGAUGAUGGACAGCAAUAUCUAUCGGGGAAUGUGUGCCUUCUUCCAGAUGACAUGCAAAUUGCAGGUUUAAGGUUUUCUAUAUAUGCCAUACUAUGUGAGGAAAUAUCAAGAAAUGAAGAUUUGUUUGUAGCUGUCAUGAAACUGCUCACUUCUGCAGCUAGUAACCAGCCCGCUUUUCUUGUUUCUAUAAUUGCCACUGAGGAAGAUAAGAGAAAUUCUGGAGAUGUCAAAGAGCAGGCCAUUGAAUAUUCUUUUGGGUCAUUGGCAUCAAAGAAGGCUAGUCCCUUAGAUGUCCUAUUGCAAUAUGUCAAAAGAUCUGAGGAGCUUGUAGAGAGUUGGAUGAGCAAUUGGCAGAUAGCUGCAAGUUUGUUCGUUGUGCAUGUAAUGGGGAAACUGAUAACUGGUGAUUCUGGGAGUCUGUCCAUGUCACUAACUGAGAAUAUCCGUAACAUGUCUAAAAAGUUGUGCGAUCAACCUGCAUUUUCUGAAUUGUUGGCUCAGUACUCCUUGCGUGGUUACAGUGAGGGAAAAGAAUUGACCACUUUAAUACUCAGUGAUCUGUAUUAUCAUCUGGAAGGAGAGCUUGAAGGCCGUAAGAUAAAUCCUGGACCAUUCAGAGAACUCUCUCUAUAUCUGAUUGAGUCUAAACUUUUUCAGAGUAAUGAGCAGAAAUACAAGUGGAACUUUUCACUCUGUACCAGAGACAGAUGCUUUUUCGACCCUGUGCAGUUACGAGUAGAUAUGGGUUUGGAAUUUUGGGAUUACUCAGAAUGGAAGGCUUCUAAACCAAUUGCCGAAAUGGUGUUGCUGUGCAUGCAGGAUGCUAACUCCAUGAUAUUUUUUGCAAGGUCCAAGCUUUCUGCAUUGAAAGCCUUGACCAUGAUGCUAUCUGGGUGUGAGGAAAAUUUUGCUGAGAAACCGAUUGGAGGGAUUUCUGUGCGACUUUUGGAGUCAUGUAUUAAUCAUUUAUAUGAACAUUUGCAAAGAACUACUGAGUUCAUAGAUUCUGCUCUGGAUGCUACUGAGGACAUCCUUUAUUUCCUUGCAACACAAACAGAAUUACUAUUACAUCUUUUCAGAUCCCUAUUCAGAAGAAUUUCUCCAAGAGGCAACAAAUCACAAUUGUUAUCUUUCUGCACACCUGUCUUAAAAAUCUCAGGCACUGCCCUGAGAGUAUUGAUUGGUAUCAGGACAUCAGUUCGUGGGCUUAAGACGACAACAAAACUCUUUCUUAUGUUGCUUAUCACAUCAGUUGAGGUCAGUUACCUCAAUUCAAAUUCAGAGGGAAAACUAGUAAGUGAAUCUGUUGAAACCUCUACUGAGGUGUCCACUGUGAGUCUAGGUUUAUUGCCUAUUCUCUGCAACUGCAUCGAAACUGCUGAGUAUUGUACCCUCUCUCUGGCUGCAAUUGACCUUAUACUGAAAGGUUUUUUGACAUCUAAUAGUUGGUUGCCCAUCCUACAGAAGCAUCUCCGAUUACAAUUUCUUGUUCAGAAACUUCAAGAGAAGGAUUCUCUUGCUUCCAUUCCCAUAAUUUUAAGAUUUUUCUUAACCCUUGCCAGAGUGAAAGAAGGUUCUGAGAUGCUUCGAAGUGCCAAUUUUUUCUCCUCUCUGAAACAGUUAUUUGAUCUCUUAUUGGAUGAGAAGCCUUUAUUAGAUAUUCAAGAAGAGAACCAUCCCUCCACCUCACAUGAUAAAGAUGAAAAGCCUCAACAAAUAUGGGGGCUUGGUGUGGCUGUGGUUACAGCAAUGGUUUAUUCUUUGGGGGCCAGUUCUUCCUGUGUUGAUAUUGUGGACAAUGUUAUUCUGUAUUUCUUCUCUGAGAAAAGCUAUUUGGUGGCUUACUAUCUGAAUGCGCCUGACUUUCCAUCUGAUGAUCAUAACAAGAAAAGAGCUCGGACUCAGAAAACACACACUUCUUUGACUGUUCUAAGAGAAACAGAGAACAUUCUUAUGCUUAUCUGUGUGCUUGCAAAACAUCGGAACUCGUGGUACAAAACCAUGAAAGAUAUGGAUUCACCACUAAGGGAGAGAUGCAUUCAUCUUUUAGCCUUUAUCAGCAAAGACCCUCAGCGCCUUGGAGAAUCUCAAAGUCGGACAUUGCCACUUUUAUGCCCUCCAAUACUUAAGGAGGAGGUUGAAUAUAAUAGAAGACCAUCCCUUAUUAACUGCAGACAUGGAUGGUUUGCUCUUUCUCCUCUUGCUUGUGCAUCUAAAACUGAGGUAUCUAUGUCGAGCACAACCCUAUCUCUUAUAACAAAGGACAAGACAACUGCAAGUGUCCAUUCAGUUCCUCAGACAUACUUUUCUGAUACUGCUGCAAUACAGAUGUAUAGAAUCUCUUUUCUUCUAUUGAAAUUUCUGUGUCUUCAAUCUGAGGGAGCAGCUAAAAGGGCAGAGGAGGUAGGGUACAUUGACCUUGAACAUUUCCCUGAGCUUCCCAUGCCUGAGAUUCUACAUGGCUUACAGGAUCAGGCCAUUGGUAUUCUUACUGAACUGUGCACAUCCAACAAAUCCGAGCAGAUACAGCCUGAAAUCAAAAGUCUUUGCUUCUUGCUGCUGCAAAUAAUGGAGAAGGCCCUGUACUUGGAACUUUGUGUCUCACGGAGCUGUGGAAUAAGACCAGUGCUGGGUCGAGUUGAAGAAUUUUCAAGGGCAAUGAAAUUGUUGAUACAAGCGGUGGAAAUGCAUACAUUUAUGAAAGCAUCUCUGAAGUCCUUGAAACAAAUAGCAUCGCUUGUAUAUCCUGGCUUGAUACAAGACUGAGGACCUGCUUUGGUACAUCAUGUAAAUGAACUCAUGUAACCUAUUGUGUAUGUCUUUUCAUUAAUAGAACAGUUUCUCUGUAAUUUUUUGUAGUUUUGUUGAGAGAAACCUGUUGAGAAAGGCAGCUGUUGAAGGUGGCUUCAACACUUGGAAAAUCCAGAGCCUCAAAAUGAUCGACACCUGAAGGUGGAAAGGAUUGGUAAGAUGAUGCAGUCCUUGGCAAAGGCUAAUGGUUGUCAUGGCUAUCAUCUGCUUUAAAAGGGUGACAAAAUUGGGUGGAUAGUGAAGCAAUGGAAAUGAAUGAUAGCUAGAUUUCUCUCUC